AUGUAUUUUCAAGUAGCACUGUGUUUGAGAGGUAAAUAUGCAUCACGACCACUCUUGCAAAAGAUGACAUGAAGCACUUAAUUCUCGCAGUUCCAUCUGUGCAUGCAGGAAGAGCAGUCAUCAUUAUAAUGUACCCUAAGGCCUGCUUGAAGGUAAACAACAGCAUCAUUAUACAUUAGUGGGUCAUGGAGUCCUGUAUUAUGCAUUAUUGAUCAUGUCUGCCCUAAUUGAAACAUCUUCCAUCUGCAAAUGAAAUGACUGGUGCAGACAUCCCACGCGGCCACCUGACGAACUCAAGACCCACCUCACUGCACCCAAGAUGGAGACGGGGCUAAUCUGAGAAGUGAGUGUGGACUCCAUCAAGAGGGCCACGGCUGCCGAACCGGCGCCUCCACGCACUCCAAACUACCUCCAAGCGGCACCGUGACAGAGGAGAAAGUGGACUGGAUCGAGGAGUCCCGUCCCGUCCUGUCCUGUGCUUUGCACGAGGUGCCAUAUUUGUCCCCGACAUGUAGCCCAGCAGCGUGGGAGAUCACCGCGGUAGAAGAGGAGUGUGUGGGGAGGCUGAUGCCAUGAAAAUCACAACAGCCCACUGAGGGAGAUCACGGAUACGGCGGCGGUGAUGAUGAGGAUGGACCCGAGUAGGGCGAUUCGAGGAAGGUAACGUCCGACACGGGAGUCCACGGAGACCUCUUUUAGUCGCUUUCGGGUGGAGGAUGGAUUUCAGCCGACUCCGGAACAUCAUCAGCCGAUACUGUGUGGGGGAGGAGAACUGGGUCGACAAUCGGACGGUCUACAUCGGUCAUAAAGAACCCCCUCCGGGAGCUGAGGCCUACAUCCCUCAGCGUUACCCCGACAACCGUAUUGUGUCCUCAAAGUACACCUUCUGGAACUUCAUCCCCAAGAACUUGUUUGAACAGUUCCGAAGAAUUGCCAACUUUUACUUUUUGGUCAUCUUUCUUGUCCAGCUCAUCAUCGACACCCCCACCAGCCCAGUCACCAGUGGGCUGCCCCUGUUCUUUGUUAUCACAGUAACUGCCAUCAAGCAGGGCUACGAGGAUUGGCUGCGGCACAAAGCCGACUGCUCCAUCAAUGAGUGUCCAGUGGACGUGGUGCAGCGGGGGAAGGCGGCGAGGACGCAGAGUCACAAGCUGAGGGUGGGCGACAUUGUGGUGGUGAGGGAGGAUGAAACGUUCCCAUGUGACCUCAUCCUGCUCUCCUCCAGCCGACAAGAUGGCACCUGCUACGUCACCACCGCCAGCCUGGAUGGGGAAUCCAGUCACAAGACUUACUACGCCAUACCAGAUACCAUGGCCUUUAGGACGGACCAGGAAGUGGAUUCCCUACAUGCCACCAUUGAAUGUGAACAGCCGCAGCCUGACCUCUACAAAUUUGUGGGACGUAUCAAUAUUUACAAGAACAAAGAAGAGCCUGUUGCUAGACCACUUGGUGCUGAGAAUUUACUACUCAGAGGCGCAACACUGAAGAACACACAGCAUAUUUAUGCUGUUGCCAUCUACACUGGCAUGGAGACCAAGAUGGCGCUCAAUUACCAGUCGAAAUCGCAGAAGCGUUCUGCUGUGGAAAAGUCUAUGAAUGCCUUUCUGAUUGUCUAUCUGUGCAUCCUGAUCAGUAAAGCGGUCGUCAACACUGUUCUCAAAUAUGCCUGGCAGUGGUCCCCAGACCGCGACGAGCCCUGGUACAACCACAGAACGGAGAACGAGCGACAUCGACACGUGGUGGUCCGAGCUUUCACCGACUUCUUGGCCUUUACCGUCUUAUUCAAUUACAUCAUUCCCGUGUCCAUGUACGUCACGGUGGAGAUGCAGAAAUUCCUGGGCUCCUAUUUUAUCACGUGGGAUGAGGAGAUGUUCGAUGAAGAGUUGGGAGAAGGAGCUCAGGUCAACACGUCUGACCUUAACGAGGAGCUGGGUCAGGUGCAAUAUGUUUUCACUGAUAAGACGGGCACUCUGACGGAGAACAACAUGGAGUUCAUCGAAUGCUGCGUCGAUGGGAAUGUUUACAUUCCGCACGCCAUAUGCAACGGGCAAAUUCUCAGCGCCGCCUCCAGCAUCGACAUGAUCGAUUCCUCACCUGGUGGAUACCGCAGAGAGCAUGAGGACCUGUUUUUCCGGGCAUUGUGUCUGUGUCACACGGUUCAAGUGAAGGAGGAAGUGACUGUGGACGGCAUCAAAAAGGGCAUCCAUCAGGGCCGGCCCACCUCCUUCUACAUCUCCUCUUCCCCGGAUGAGGUGGCUUUGGUGGAGGGAAUGAAAAGGCUGGGCUACACCUACCUAAGACUGAAAGACAACUACAUGGAGAUUUUGAACAAAGACGAUGAGAUUGAAAGGUUUGAGCUCCUUCAUGUGCUCAACUUUGACUCUGUGAGGAGGAGAAUGAGCGUCAUUGUUCGGGCGAGCUCAGGGGAAUACUUGCUCUUCUGCAAGGGCGCCGACUCUGCCAUUUUUCCUCUGGUGAUCUCUGGCAAGGUGGAGCAAGUGAAGGCGCGGGUGGAGCAAAAUGCUGUGGAGGGCCUGCGAACGCUGUGCGUGGCAUACAAGAGGCUGUCGGAGUCCGAGUACCAAGAGGCGUGUCGGCAUCUGACAGAUGCUAAGCUGGCCCUGCAGGAGAGAGAGCAGAGACUGGCUGAGGCUUAUGAUGUCAUCGAAAGAGACUUUGUGCUCCUGGGUGCCACGGCGGUGGAGGACAGGCUCCAGGAGAAGGCGUCAGACACCAUUGAAUCGCUGCACAAAGCGGGAAUGAAAGUUUGGGUUCUGACUGGCGACAAAAUGGAGACGGCGGCGGCCACCUGCUAUGCCAGCAAACUCUUCCGCCGCAGCACUCAGAUCCUGGAGCUGACCAAGAAGCGCACGGAAGAGCAGAGUCUGCACGAUGUUCUUUUUGAGCUCAACAGGACCGUUCUCAGGCAGAGAUCCAUUUCUGGGUUGUCUGUCGACUGCCUGGAUUUCGGUCUGAUCAUCGACGGGGCCACGCUGUCGGCCGUCCUCACGUCCAAGCAGGACGGCGGCGCCAGCCACGGCAGCUACCGCGAGAUCUUCCUGGAGAUCUGUCGCAACUGCAGCGCUGUGCUGUGCUGUCGCAUGGCGCCGCUGCAGAAGGCGCAGAUCGUGAAGCUGAUCAAGGCCUCCAAGGAGCGCCCAAUUACCCUGGCUGUUGGCGAUGGAGCCAAUGAUGUCAGCAUGAUUUUAGAAGCACACGUGGGCAUCGGGAUAAUGGGCAAAGAGGGUCGCCAGGCUGCCAGGAACAGCGACUACGCCAUCCCCAAAUUCAAACAUUUGAAGAAAAUGCUGCUGGUUCACGGCCACUACUACUACAUUCGCAUCGCCGAGCUCGUCCAGUACUUCUUCUACAAGAAUGUAUGCUUCAUCUUCCCGCAGUUCCUGUAUCAGUUCUUCUGCGGCUUCUCCCAGCAGCCUCUGUACGACACGGCCUAUUUGACCUUGUACAACAUCAGCUUCACGUCACUGCCCAUCCUCCUCUACAGUCUGGUGGAGAAGCAUGUCACCAUGGAAACGCUUAAACGAGAACCCUCCUUGUACAGGGACAUCGCCAAGAACUCCCUCCUCCGCUGGCCAGUCUUCCUGUACUGGACAUGCCUGGGCGUGUUUGACGCCAUCGUCUUCUUCUUCGGUGCCUACUUCCUGUUUGACAACACCACCUUCACCAGCAAUGGCCAGCUCAUGACCACCAACACGCAGAUGAUGUUUGGCAACUGGACCUUUGGGACUCUUGUUUUCACAGUGCUGGUGUUCACCGUGACACUUAAGCUCGCCUUGGACACGCACCACUGGACAUGGAUCAAUCAUUUUGUCAUCUGGGGCUCUCUACUUUUCUACGUGAUCUUCUCUCUUCUCUGGGGUGGCAUCAUUUGGCCCUUUCUCAACUACCAGAGGAUGUAUUAUGUCUUCAUGCAAAUGUUAUCCAGCGGGCCGGCCUGGCUUAGCAUCAUCCUGCUUAUCACAGUCAGUCUGCUUCCUGAUGUCAUCAAGAAGGUCCUCUGCAGGGCUAUGUGCCCCACAGCUACAGAGCGUGCUCAGUCCACACCUUGCCCGUGCCUUACCGUGGAGCCCUCCACCAUCUUCAUGCUUUCUCAGUCAUCCAGCAGAAUGAGUUUCUGAUUGAGCCAAACAGACGAAGGAGGAGCAAGAAGCGCAGGAUAGCGACGUGACCAAGUUGUCCUCGCACCACUCCUACAAAGGCGCAAGCGUCGCCUCCUCUCAGCUGCAGCUCGGCGCCAUGGAGACGCUGUCGCUCCGUGCCUCCGAACCCCUUCCGCAAAAACUCUUGGCGCACUUGGCAGAAGGGGGGAGGGCAGACCUGCGGUCCCUCAGCCCGUGCAUGUUCAGGCUUUCCGGGGCGGGGAUUGCCUACUAUGCUCCGGGGCCAGAAACGUCAGUCUGAAGCCCAAACUUUAGGGUGAGCGUUUGCAGAAUGGAGUCUCAUGGGAUGUGUGGGCGGCCAUCUUCAUCUAAAGGGUGAGAAUUUAUACAACACACAAAGCUCACCGUGUGCACUUCUGGGCUCGUGAAUACCCGUUCAUUGACAGUAUUGUCCAAACAUCUCAUGUUCAUUCUUUUGCUUUUCUGACGACAUCAACAAAGAACAAUUGGAAGUUACAGUCCAGCCUAUCUGUACAAUGACGUCUUCAUAUUAUUUUGUGUCAAAAUUUCUAUGUAUAUAUGUGUAUGUUCACUAUGAGGCCAGGUAAGGGCUGUCGUCCAGCUCGGCCUUUUAGGUGUGUAUGUAUGUAUGCCUGCGUGCAUGAAGAUGCCUGCACUGUUUGUUUUCUACGUGACACACCUUUGCCUUACAGGUAAACCACACAGCAGCAGGCUAGGAGCCAAAGGUGUUAAAAAAAAGGAAAAAAAGAGAGGAAGUGGCGUAUUAUUACAAAGCCUUACACACACAUUAACCAAUCCCGCUCUCUCGCCACACACACCUCAUCCUACUGGGAAAGGAAAAAAUAAGAGAGAAGGCAGUAUUGUCGCCACCCAGCCUUAAUUCAAUACAUGCCCGCUUACGGUAGUUUUUACGGGACACUUAUAUUCACGAUUCCAUCUGGCCUCUGUGUCCUUGCGUGUCUCAACUCUCUGCAUGGUGAUGUGUACCCGGGGCCGAAUUUUUUUCUUGUACUGUGUCGAUCAUGUGGCACUGAGGAGUAUGAGGGCUACACCGAAAAGUUCCACAGGAAAUAACAAGAAUCAUGUGACAACAAAUCAUAUCAUUGCAAAAAAAUCAAUAAAUACAGCGGAACCUCUAUUUUCAAAUGACCAAGUUUAUGAAAAAAAAAAUUAAACUAAAAUAAGCACUUCCUUUGGUUUAGUAACAGUCUUUUGCAUGCUCGUGGGACACUCAGACCUUGACAAAUCUGCAUUGCAUUGUGGGAAUUGCCAUUUAGUGCUAGCAAUCACCACACUGCACAUGUUACGACUUUUUGGGUGUACGAUUACAACCCUUUUUGAGUCAUUAAGUAAAGUUAUGACUCCUUGUCUCCUUUUUUUCAUAAAUAACCUUACUUUUGUAAUACUACCACUUAAUGAUCAUAAAAUGCUGACUUUUUUCCGUGUUGCUGUGGCCCCAAUACUCCUUUGUAGCACCUUGACGAUUAUACAUGCUCUUCAAGUGACCGGCUUUUAUUUCCGAAAUGAUUUCGCGCUCUUUGUAUGUUAUGCAGAAACUAAUGGUCGGGUCUGAAAGACUGCCAAGUACGUGUUCCUCUUGUUCCCCUGUCUUGUUGGCCGUCACAACUCAUGAAUGGAUGUACAGUAACUUGACACUUGACGGUGUAUAUCGUACUCAGCAGGAAGACUUGAACAGGCGACAUCACAAUCAACCCAACAGAAUGUCAAACCAAUUUGUCCGUUAUGUUAUCCAGCUGACGAAUGUAGCUUAUUCCGGUUCAAUCUCUUUUGCUUCUCAAGAACACAGUUAAUUUUUUAUAUGCAUCACCAUCUGCCAACGGGUAUAGAUUUAAUACACACACACACAAACAGUAGUUCUUAUUGGAAAGAUUUGAUACAAGCUGAGACACACAUAGUCUGUUUUGAUUUUGGGACUCAACACCCUGACCUCAUUGACACUCACUGUGCUGUUGCCAUAUUGUAUCCAGUAUUUGACAUGCUCCUCUGCUUAAAUAUUGGGGUCAUAAUUUUGGAUACCUAGUCAGGAUUUGGUUGUACGCCACACGUUCACAUUUUGUGAUUUAUUUUUAAAAUUGCGUUUGGAGGUUUCAACGUGUGCCAAAAACUCUUUUCACCUUCAGUUGUUGCAACUUUAUAACAUUUUUUUUUCUCAAAGGGUGGAUGAAACUGUAAUUUACCCGCUGUAACUAAUUUGUGCUCUCAUCUACUUGCCCAUUGGAAAGCAUGAAAAAAAACCUGUUGUCUGCGGCUACCUUGUGGGUGUCUACAAUCCAUUUCUACUUUCUUUGUAUUCAAAGGGAAAAGUUUUUUAAAUUUUAACUUUCACUUCUAAAUUUAAUUGUUCUUUCAUGAACGUUUGUCAUGAAGUUCAUCAAGAAAAAUCCAAACGAGGUCCAGUAGGGUACAUUGCUAUCAUCUACAAUGAAUUUCUCCUUUAUUUUUUGGACAUUUGAGAAAUAGUAGUUAUAUAUUUUCACUUCCAGUUCCACUCACAUUGUGCUUUCAUCCCCUUGUGAAUUUGAAAGCAUGAAGAAGAAAAAAAAAAUCCAUGACCCGGUGCGAAGCAUUGUUCGUAUACAGUAAUCUAUAUUUCAAAUAUCUUUCAUUACUUUUCACUAAAAUGGCGUUCCAGUGUUGUCGAUUAGGAUGUUUUGUGCAUGUUUCCUUUGCUAGUUUUGUAUAUCCCUGAAAGAAGAUUCUAUUUUAACUGUUCGAAUGUGGGUUCAAGUUUACCAAAAGGUUCAGUCGAGAUUUAUCAGUACACACACUGCACUUUGUGGUACAGGUCUGUGUUCACCCAAAAAUGAUCUGUUGUACAUCAGCUCCGGGCAUGGGGGGUUUAUACUGUUAGACUUCCUCACAAGUUAUUUUUCUAAGACGAUUGUAGUGGGUGAACUGACCAAAUAACUUGAAAAUGGAACAAACAGGCCUCCGUCUCAAAUGGUUGUUUCUCACCAGCCUAUUUCUUGAAUGUCAAGGCCGCUUCUUCUGAAGUCCAUCAGCACAAGCGCAGCAGGCAUUCAAAAUGCUGACAUCUCCGAGCAUCCACCCACCUCUGGCAAGGUGUGCCAGAGGUGGGUGGAUGUGCGCACCUGUGUGCGUGUGCGUGCGGCAGCGCACCCUUCUGCAGCACUGUUUGUAUUAUGAUGUAUAACGGGUUUUCAGACGUUUUUCUUAAAAAAGAAGAAAAAAAUGUUUUUGGUUUUCCUCUUAACUACUUUGCAAGCCCGUCUGUAGCAAAUGAGGGAUUUUGCCUGGAAUAAAGAUAUGGUUGACACUUUUGA